AUGGUUAGGUGGUCACUAAUUGCGAGUCAUCUACCAGGGAGAACAGACAACGAAAUAAAAAAUUAUUGGAACUCUCAUCUCAGCCGUAAGCUCCACAACUUCAUCAGAAAGCCGACGAUCUCUCACGACGUCGCCGCCGUAAUCAUGAACGCUCCUCCGACGUCUCCGGCAAAGCGCAGACCGGGGAGAACAAGCAGAUUCGCAAUGAAACCCAAAACUCACAACCCAAAAUCUCGGAAGACGAAGAAAACGUCUGUACCGGCGGAGCCAAACGCUGACGUAGCGGUUAAAGCGGUGGCUGGAGAAGGAGCAUUAAUGGUGGAGUUAAGUGGAGCCGAGGGUGAGCGAGGACCAUGUGACUACUAUGGAGCCUGUGAUGAAGGAAGAGAUUGUUGCAAUAAUAAUACUCUCAUGAGCAUUGAUGGCGAUUUAUCCUUUGAUGAUGACAUAAUUGAUCUUUUGUUGGACGAGUCAGAUCCAGGCCAAGUGUUCGCAUCGUGUGGUGGUGAUGCGGAGUUGAGUAAUAUUAAAGACUCUGAAGGAGACAGGAGGUUCUCGGAGACUUCGAACCAAGGGAGUCUCGACUGCCUUCAAUCUUGUCCGUCGGUGGAGUCGUUCCUCAACUACGAGCAUCAAGUCAACGAUGCGCUGACGGAUGAGUUUAUUGAUUGGGACUGUGUUUGGCAAGAAGGUAAGAGCGUUAACCUUUGGGAUGAGAAAGAGGGUUCUGAUUCAAUGGUGUCGUGGCUUUUGGACGGUGAUAAUGAGCCCACGGUCGGGAAAAGUGGCUGCGAGAACUUUGGAGAACCGUUGGAUCAUGCCGAGGAAAAUGCACUGGUCGCUUGGCUUCUGUCUUAGAAGAUAUUUUAUUAACAUGCAUGUUUUUCUUAAGUCAUGUAGUCUUUUUGCCUUCGCUUUCGUUGUAUGUUUUUUUCCUUCUUUAGGUUUUGGAUUUUAUAGAUCGUGAUGUAUAUAUUUCAAUAAAAUUCGAUCUGGGGAUUUUGUAAAAUAACUUAUCAUGGUCAUUUUAGAGGAUAAGCCAGAUCAUCUGGUUAUAAUUUUUC